GCUCGCUCUCGCUCGCUCUCACCCUCGCUCUGCGUUCUGUCCGGGAGGAGCACGGAGAAGCCAAUAGGAUGCGGGGUCUCUAAUGGAUGCAAAUGAUCAUGAAAAGACAGUGCAAAAUAUGAAACAACUCAUUUGCAGGGAAGUAAAUCACCGAAAACUGUUUAUGAACUGGCAUCCCUUCUUCGAAAUGUAAAGCGAGGACCUCUUUAAGUGGCGGUAUAUUUUUGUUUGGGGGGUGGGGGGUGGGGGGAGGGCGAGCGAGCCGCGGCUGCCAUGCAGGCGUAAGACUUUUGGAGGCUUCGCUGUCCUUCCCUAUUCCUGGAAAUCACAAAAAGUGUGGUGGCUUCGAGAGCUUCUUCGCCUUUUCUUUCUUUUCUUUCCCCCCCUCCUCCCUUUCCCUCUCCUUUCCUGGCGAGGGUGACUGGGAGCCGGCGAAUCCGCGUUUUUUUUCUCUCUCUCCCUCCCUUUCCCCCUCCCCACCCCCUCCCCAACAGCCCCCAACUACAGCCGCCGCCGCCGCCGCCGCCUCAAAAUUCAAUAAAAUGAGCUCUUAUUUCGUCAACUCACUGUUCUCCAAAUACAAAACCGGGGAGUCCCUGCGCCCCAAUUAUUAUGACUGCGGCUUCGCCCAGGACCUGGGCGGCCGACCCACCGUGGUGUACGGUCCCAGCAGCGGCGGCAGCUUCCAGCACCCGUCGCAAAUCCAGGAGUUCUACCACGGGCCGUCCUCGCUGUCCACGGCGCCCUACCAGCAGAACCCGUGCGCCGUGGCGUGCCACGGGGACCCGGGCAACUUCUACGGCUACGACCCGCUGCAGCGGCAGAGCCUGUUCGGGGCGCAGGACCCAGACCUGGUGCAGUACGCCGACUGCAAGCUCGCAGCCGCCAGCGGCCUUGGCGAGGAGGCCGAGGGCUCCGAGCAGAGCCCGUCGCCCACACAGCUUUUCCCCUGGAUGCGCCCGCAAGGCACCGACCGCAAGAGAGGCCGCCAGACCUACACCCGCUACCAGACGCUGGAGCUGGAGAAGGAGUUUCACUACAACCGCUACCUGACCCGGCGGCGGCGCAUCGAGAUCGCGCACGCGCUCUGCUUGACCGAAAGACAAAUCAAGAUCUGGUUCCAGAACCGGCGCAUGAAGUGGAAAAAAGAAAACAAGACCGCGGGCUCCGGAGCCACCGGCCAGGACAAGGCCGAGGCCGAUGAGGACGAGGAAGAGUGAGAGACUGAGAAGGGCAGUGGGAGAGAGACGAAAGAGGGAGAGAAGGAAGAAACCCACUUCUGGGAACUGAACCAGGAAACUCAGAUCAAAAGGGGGGGGGGAUAUUUAAAUGGAAAGUAGUUAACAUUUUUUAAGGAGAAAGGUGAACUUUUGGUUUCUUGACACUGAAAAAAAAAUACUACCUAUAGGAAAGGCCGUCGGGUUUGUUUUUGUACAAUAUGGGAAGGACAUCAUCUACCUGUUCUGUAGCUUUUUGGAAUCUGCUUCCCUUUUCUAUGUUGCUAUUGUAGGUCUUUGUAAAAUCUCGCUGUUUUGUAAGCCUCCUUUGACGAUGUCUUUGUGGUCUGUGGUUCUGGACUAAACGUGGUCCCCAUCCUGCUGAGUCCCGCUUUCCACUAGCAGCACUGAAGGGGCCCUAAGGCGCCCCAGGGCCCUCCCACUAGCUGAAGUGUCCCUCUGUGUACCUGGGCUGCCCAGUGAUCCUGUUCCCACCAGACCCUGAGGCCCUCUUUUCAUUCUAUGUGUGUUUGAAGGCUGAAUAUAAAUAAAACAAUAAAGUGAUUAAA